AUGGGAGAUAUUGCCGAUGAUACAAAAAUGGAUGGCACGAGAUUUGUUUCAAUUCUGUAUAUGCUGAGACCAUUGACAAUCAUCGAAAAUUUGUUCGGGAAAUUCAGAUAUCGAAAGGUUGGUGGGAACAUAGAUAUAUUGAACAGACGAAUGAAGUUUUACGCUAUCUUUAUAGUAUGUCUCUCUGUGACAACGUUUGGCAUUAUUUUUGUUAAUGAUAUCAAACACAAAACUUUUGGUAGCUUCAGCAAAAUUGUGAACGUGGUAGACGAAGUUGCCUCUUUGACGAUGGUGAUACAACAUGUUCUAUCAAUGGCAGUUUUCUUACACUACACCAAGAAUAAUGUGUAUAUUAUAAAAUUAAUAGCUCUUAUAGACGAUAAUCUAAAUAUUUCAAAGGAUAAAAAGUUCUAUAAGGAUUCCCGUAGGCUCAUUCAAAUCGAAAUAUCAAUUUUUAUAUUUAUUUAUACACUAUUAGCAAUUUACGACUUGAAUGCAAAAUAUACGUUGCCUAAUGAAAUAUUAAUUACAAUAAUUGAUUUUGAAUGUCAUCUCGAAGUAUUGGCUUUUUGUAUAUUUAUCAAAACAAUGAAAGACAGGUUAUGUAUUGUAAAUAAAAUUUUGGAACACGUCAUUGUUACAAAAAAACGUGGGGAUACUUUGAAUAUCCCGCCAAAAAGUUUGAGAAAUCGUAACGACGUUUUGUAUGCAGGGUGUAUUAUUAAUGACAGAUCUAUAAUUCGUAAUUUAGGUAUAACGUACGAUUUGAUCGGUGAAGCCUGUGAUGAAAUUAAUAAAGUUUUCAAAUUUCAUAUUUUUAAAGCACUCUGCACUACAUUUGUAUACAUCAUUAUCACAAUAUGGACAUCAAUAUACUACAUACGAACGUUAGACACUUCUAAUUCUUUACUACGUAUAGUAUUGUUGUGUCUAUUUGAUAUCAUGUCAGUUGGUGUUAUGUCCUAUACUUGUGAAGUUUUGCUUUUAAAACGUAACUCUACUAAGAUCUUGGUAAAUGAACUUAUAAUAAACUACGACCUUACCAGGCAGAUGCGACUCCAGGCUAAAGCAUUUAUGGAGCUGAUUGAAGUGUGGCCAUUGCAGAUUUAUGCGUACGACAUGUUUGCUAUAGACAUAAAGUUAAUGCUGAAAUUUAUAAGCGUGUCGACAACAUAUCUGAUAGUGAUUUUUCAAAUUUCGCAUUUUUUCUAA